GUUUUAUUAUUCAGUUAAACUCACUAGAAACAAGACAAACUUGAACAGUUUCGAUAAAACAACUUCUCAUGUGAGAAACACAGCGAGCGGCGGUUGUAUUUUGACUGAAAAAUGUUCCAGGGAUGUACAGUUUCAGUGGAGGAGCUCCAGUGUUGGUGGGAAGUCCCCGCCAUAGCGCACUUCUGUUCUCUCUUCAGGACUGCCUUCAACUUACCUGACUUUGAAAUUGAGGAGCUGGAACAAGCCUUGCUGAAACAGGACCGAGACUUCCUUUAUGAGCUGCUGUGCUGCCUCCUGCAGGGAUGUUACCAGCGAAAGGACAUUACGCCUCAGGCUUUCCGCAGCUACCUAGAGGACAUAAUCAACUACCGCUGGGAGCUGGAGGAGGGGAAGCCCAACCCUCUAAAAGAGAGCUCCUUUGAGGAUCUACCAGUCCGUACACAGGUGGAGAUUCUCCACCGGCUCUGUGAUUAUCGCCUGGAUGCUGCUGAUGUCUUUGACCUGCUGAAGGGACUGGAUGCAGAUAGCUUGCGUGUCGAGCGUCUGGGCCAAGAUGGAGAUGGCGCCCUUUACUGGUACUUCUACGGCACUCGGAUGUACAAAGAGGAACCCAUCACAAAGAAGUCCUCUGAACACUGUGAAACCACUGCAAUUAUAGUGCCAGAGAAAAAAAGGAGAGGACGACCACCAAAAAAGAGGCUGGAAGAAACACUGACGAGUGUGUUCAUUGAGACCGAGUCUCUAAUAGACGAGAAGAAUGGAGUGGAGGAGCCACGGCUGUUUAAAGAUCAUGAACGUGGAGCCUGGUCUCUGGUGUGUGACACUGAGGAGCAGUGGGUUCAGCUGGCUGAGAGCAUUAAGGACAAAACCUCUCCCCAGGACCGCCACCUAUACCGCAUCAUCACCCAGAACUUCCUCCCUGAGAUCAGCAGCAUGAUUAAGCACAGGGAAAGAGAACUGCAGCAGAAACUGUUAAAUCCACCAGUACGAAACUCACAAAGGAUAUCUGAGAAGCAUGUCGUAAAUGAGGAAGAGGAUAAGGCCGUCUCUAUGGUGGAUCUUAAGCAGAGAGAGGAGGAUUUGGAAAGGCAGGCUCUCCUCGCAGAGCAGCGGCGAGAAGAAGAGCAACUUCUCCAAGAGGAGCGAGAGAGGGAGGAACUGGAGCGGGCCAAAGCAGCUGAAGAGCGAUCCCGGAGGAGAAAGCAACGUGAAGAAAGAGCCUGUCUGCUGUCUCAGGGAAGAGACCUGCCUGCUGAGCUUCUCCACCUGGAUCCUAACUCGCCUGUCUGUCGUACUCGUCGAACCAACGCACUCUUUGAUAUUGAUGAUGAUUAUGCUGCUCUUUAUAAAGUGCUGGAGGCUCUGAAGGCUCAUAAAGAUGCCUGGCCCUUUAUGGAGCCUGUGGAUGAUUCCUAUGCACCUAAUUAUCAUGAAAUUAUUCAGACUCCAAUGGAUCUGUCCACCAUUGAAAGGAAGCUAAAUGAAGGAGAUUAUGUUGCCAAGGAUGAGUUUGUGGCAGACGUGAAGCUCAUGUUCAAGAACUGCCUGGAGUACAACGGAGAGGACAGCGAGUACACCAUAAUGGCAGAGUCCCUGGAGCGCUGUUUCAGCAGAGCCCUGCUGAAGCACUUCCCCUCGGAGGACGGAGACACUGACGAGGAGUUCCACUUGAGCAAGGAGGAACGUGUGGGCAGGGAGAAGAAAAAGAGCAAGAGCAGUAAGCAUUCAGGGCCUGAAAGUCUGAUUCGGGCAGCGGGACAGGCACAGAAACGCAAAGCAACCAGUGAGGGUAAAGGAGGCAUCUUGCCCCAGGAGAAUGGUUUAAAAUCUGCUGUUGUGCCUCCUGGAUUCCCUUAUAGCAAUGGACCCUCACAUCACCAGAAUAUGAAUCCCGAACAGCCUCGUCCUGGGAGUGACCCACAGGCCAGCAUGUACCAUCCUAACCAACAGCUCCAGCAGCUCCAAGGACCCACAAAACCAGGCAUGUUUGGCCAGGGUAUGAUGAUGGACCCCAGAUAUCCAUACCAGAGACCUUACAUGACUGAUGCUCCAAGAGGCAGUGGUCCCCAUCACAUGCCUCACUAUAACAUGCAGGGUCCACCUGCCAGUGGUUCACACUUUGGUUCCAGAUACCCAAUGGGGCCUGAAAAUCGACAUCCUCAACAUCAGCAGCAUCCCUACACUGGUCCCACUCAUGGCCCAUCUCUGGGUCCCAGACCAUUGGCCUUACAAUCUGGAGGCCUAUGUAAUAACCCUUCAGAGGAUAGCAUGCACCGAUCUCACAAUCACCCUGAAGGUCAAACCAUGCACCCCAUGAGAAAUGGCUACCCUAGGCCCCCGCACAACUCCUACCCUGCUUAUGGCCCUCCAGCAACUUCAUACGGUCCUUGGCCAGGCUCAAACCAGCAGCAGCCUGAAAGGCCAAUGAUGCAGGAGCAGAUGCAUAGCAUGAUGCGUCCUCCACAUGGAACUGGCUAUAUCCCUUCUAAUGGCCAAUACAGGAUGCCUGUGGCUAGUUCUUCAGGACCCAUGGGCCACAGACCUCCACUGACCUCUCAAGACCCAAGGCCACAUGUGGGCUCAAUGAUGAACAGUCCAGAGAUGAUUGCCCUGCAGCAGCUCUCCGCUUCGUCCUCCAGCCUCAGCUUCCAGUCUCCUCCAGUGAGAGAUGCCAGUUCUUUAGCAACCGAAAACCAGAACUUGAGAUCCUUGGAAGAGGGUCAAGGUGCAAAUAAAGUGCUUAAAGGUGUAGAGCAAGAAUUGAGUGAUCAACAGCAGAGUAAGGAGAUGAAUGGCCUACUUACUGUUGAACUGUCCAAUGGCAGCCAAGAAGGCACUGGUGAACAACAACAGAAGACCUUGCAAGAGAUUGCAUCAUCAUCGCUAAUGGCCAAAAAAGACAGACCACAACUGGAAAAGGAAAACCAGGGAGAUGUCAGUUCUUCAAAACCUCACAACAGCCCCCAGCCCACCUUGCAAAUAAAUCCCCAGUCAGAAUUCUGGUCACAAAAAUGUCAAGAUUCCUCACCAGACUGUACUCAAUAUGGUCCUCAGAAACCCCCAGAUAAUAUGACUGGUAAAAAGUCCUCUAAUGCCUUACAGGAGUUCUCACAAAAUUGUCCUUUGCAGUUGCCCCAAAAUACACCUCAAGGAAUGAGUCCUUCUCAGCAGGUUUUCCAGGGUGUACCCUCUCAGUACCCUUCCAAUGGCAAUGGCCCACCACAAAUGCCUUCCAAUCAGCAGAUGCCUCAAAACGGACCUGUCCGGGGUCCACAAUCAGGACCUCUACAUGGUAUGCCACAAACUGUUCCUCAGGGGUCACAUCCUGGUGCUCAGCACCCUGCUUCACUGACCUCACUGCCCCCCAGUCACCCUGUUUCCCAGCCACUUGCCCAGCCCUCCCCUGCUGACUGUGAAAACCAGAGACCCAGUGAGCCUACCUGUGAGUCUAAGGAAAGCUUAGGUGGAAAUCCUGAUGCAAAAAAUUCAUCUACCAAUGCUAAUGGUCACCAUAAGCAGCCUUUUAGUCCAGGGUCACAAACCCAGCUAAUCAGGCCAGAGAAGGCACCACAGCUUAACCAGCCCCCGCCCGGCCAUCCACAUGGACCAGAAGGCAACACUAUGGCUCAAUAUGCCAAUCCGGCAAACCCACACUACAGCAAGUAUAUGGGCAGACCUGUCCCCCCCUCUUCCCAUCUGCCUUAUCCAAGCCAAGCUCCUCAAUCCCAGUCAGUGAGUCCUCAUCACAAUCCUGCUCAGUAUACAUCGUAUCAACAGCAAAGUGCCAUGUAUCAAUAUCAGAUGAAUCCACAGCAUUUACAGGCUCAUCCAAACAUGCAUGCCCCAUACCAGCAGCAGCAACAGUACUAUCCUCAGCACCAGCAAUGCAGGCCUGGUUUUCCAACAAGAGAGUGGCCUAGACCUCAGUAUCAGCCUCGCCCUCACAUGAUGCCCAACUCUUACCUGCCUGGAAGCAUCAACGAUCGUCAGAAUGAGAACACCAUGUCUCCUUUAGGUUCCGAAGGCUCUAGCAGGAAUCGGAUGUCCCCGAGUCCCCUCCCUGAUGGAUCCCAGGGCAGCUCUGGUGAGAGCAGGGAUGGUAGCAGCCCAGUAAAACAAGCCCGCACUGAAGAAGGUUCAGAUUUGCCUGAAAGCCCUAAAGAGAUACUUGAUCUGGACAGUCAUAAUGCUUCCUCUCUUCAUCGCACAUCUGCGCAGCCCCAACACAACUACCCCUAUGACCCACGAGCCAUGCAUUCAAUGCAGCAGGGUGGAGAUGCCCCACCACACAUGAUGCCUGGCAGACCAUACCCCCGGCCUCAGCACCCCGGUGGACAUUUUGGCCCUCGCAGUUCUCACCCACACCUAAUGGAGGCUCUGCAGAGGCCUCAGCUCCUGCCCUACUCACCAGGCCAGACCAUGUACAGGCAUCCCCAUACUGCAGGCCAUUUUCAGGGCAUGAUGGUACCACAGAGAAGCAUAGUGCCCAAUCACUUAUUUCAUCCAGGGCAGCACAUGAUGAGUGCAGCAGCUCCCACUGGUUCUGGCAGCAAACAGGGAGUGUAACAGAUAAAGGAUGAAUCAAAACGAAAAAGCUGAGCAUCGAAGACUCCCAUCUGCUCAAUGGACAAAUGCUCUAAAAUGCUCUUGACUGAUUCAGAAUUGUGCUGUUUUGCUGAGUUUGUUGUUUUUGUGUCGUAAAGCAGAAGUAAGUGUGACUUUCACUGGCUGGGACUCCAUCCUACAGUAAAGACUUUCCAGUUUGUCAGCAGCUUGCUCUCUGUAUAUGUGCUCUCCGUUUGAGAGCCCUGGACUUCUAGAAAUCUGCACUUUUUGGAUGAGAAGCGUCUCUCUGACCUUUGUUUUUCAUUGGAACUUCAGCUCACUGGCUCCCUCACAUCUGCAGCUAAAAGAAAUGUUUAAGGGGUUGUGUAUUAACUUGGCAUUUGUUUCCAAAUUUAAACUCAGGUAAAAGAAGGUACUUGUAGAUUGUGAAAAGACAUUGACCAUCACUGAUCCACACUGACUGUUGCCUUUUUCAAUGUUGUUGAAUGUCACACAUUCAUAAAAGAUACAGAUGUACUUGCAUCACAGGAGAGAGUGGAUCGCCUGUAUCAAAACAGCCAAGCUGCACCAGUGGUAUUGCUACCAGUGUCCAUCUUCACUACUGAGGAAUACUCCAGUGCUUUGUAACCUUUGUUUACCACCCUCUGCAGUGUAUGGUGAAAUCUGUGAGAAUUUUAGGGCAUUAUAGCAGAGUAAAUCAGUGCAAACUGACAAUGAAUUCUGUGAAACUGUGCAAACUGGGGUACAUGUUUUUUUUUUAUUGCCUCCAGUAUUUUAGGCAAUGCAUGAAAUAAAAUUAACACAUACAGGCUCUGUCCCAAAUAGCUCACUAAGUCCUAGAAUUCCACACUAUUAUAAUGUAAUUGAGAUGCAAGCUUAUCGAGGACUGUAAUGGUGUAAAAUUCAGUAUUGGGGCCCUACAUCUAAAUAUACAUAUAAAAACAUUGUAGAGUUGCAGGAGAAGCAUACUAGUGCUCAUCUAUAAAAUAAAACAUCUUAACAGUCAAAACUUGUUUUAACAUUCAGAGCAUGUCCAUGUUUGUAUCUGAAAGUCUUCUCACAUUUGUAAAUCAUAAGGUUUUCCCAACUACAUAUACAAUAUUAACAUAUUAAAAAUAAGAAAUAUUAAUAUGCAGACAGUUAAAACCUUUAGUAUAAAAUUCAUAUUUAGUGUCUUAUAGUUUAGUAUGUAGUAAAUACUCUGUGUGACUUCUAUAGAUAUAAAUAUAAUUAAAACAUGAACAACAGCGGCAGCUACCUGCUGCAUAAGUGACCAGAUUUGUGGUUUAAACGUUAGGUUGCAGCAUUUGAACAACGCUGCCAUGUGUUCAUGUGGGUAAACAGUUCACAUCAAAUCAAAUCUGAUUGUGAAAUAUAUUAUCCAAGGUAAUCAUCCAUACACUGCAGAUGUGUAAGUUAAAGAUUUGGUUAAAAUGCACUGGAGUAUUUCUUUAACUUAAUCAAACUGUCCACUUUGUUCUUUUAUUCAUCCUUUAGUGUGCUGACUUUGCUCCAGCGUGUUUGACGUAAACCCGGAGCACUCAGCUGCUCCUCUUUUAUGCACUAGAUAGUCUUUGUAACUGGACUUAGUGGCCUUGCACUCACAUAGAUGUGCUCAUUUGUAUAUAGGAAUGAUUGCUUUCAUUGGGGAUUAACGGUGAAUGUGAUCUUUGAGCUGGAAUGAUGUGGGAGAUUCUCACCGUUAUACUUUAAUCUGUAAAUAAUCUGCCUGCUUGUAUCAGAAAAGCAACUGUGAAGGUAGCUUACGCAUAGGAAGGUUAGGAUUUAGAGACGAUAGGGAAUGUUUUUAUAUUUUGGUGCUUCCUCUUUCUUAACUCAGUGUGAUAAAACGUCUCAGGGUGUCAUUUUAAUACGGGUAUUAGCAAAUUAAUGAUCUAGAGGGGAAGCGACAAAAUACGAUGAACUGUGAUGAACUCGAUUCCUGUGAACAUGGUGAUUUCUACAUCUCAGUCGAUUUAAAGGUUUUUUAUUAUUACUUUUUAUUUUUUGUGGAAACAAAGCUUAAGGCUCUGCUAAAUUUCUAAUGAACUGUUGGUUUAACUGGAUAUUUGUCUUCCAUUCUGUUACAGAUUUGAUCUUUUUUUUAAAUUUUUUUUUUUAGGCAGACUAAAGUGAGAGUUGGCAUUCCAUUGUUUUGUUUGUUGAUUUUUGCUGGCACAUUGUACCGAUUGCUGUUAUUUAGCUGUUUCUAACUCAGUUUAUGCUUGUUAAUUAACAGCCAGAUAUGUGCUUAAAUCUGAAAGAGUUCUACCUCACAAAGCUACAGUCUGGCAUGAUUGGCAUUACCAGACAUCUUUUUCUCUCUUUCUUACUACUCGUAAGACUUAAAUGAUUCCUCUACUAAUGCAAUCAGCACUACACAUGCCUUAAUGUUUGGAACUGACACAGUGGCAUUAAUACAUCAGUGCCAAAUCUGAACAUGCCAUUCUGUAUUUGUAAAAAUGUAAAAUUUGUUAUAGCUGUGUUUUAGAAUCGUCUGUUACGAAUUGAUACAGUAGCUGCGAGCUGUUACUACUUUUUAAGAAGUCCAGCACGGCUUUAGUUUCUUUUGGAAAAUGGUAUGUCAGCAGCAGCUACAGGCUUCUAUGCUUUUUUAGCAUGAAACCACAUCUGACUGUUACAGAAGUGUUGUCAGUAGGCACAUAAAGUGUUAUGUGUGUGUUUUAGGAAGCCCUAGUAGCUUGGGGCUGAUGUAAAUAUCACCCCGAUUCAUUGUGCAAAUUUCUUUGUUAGAAAAAGAUUUUAGCAGUAGGCAAUGUACUCAGUCGAGGCUGUGUUCCAAUUUUAGGAUGAGAGGUUUUUUGAACUAUAUGAAGUUGUGAAUUUUUCUCUGUACAAUUUUUGUACUUGUAAGUUAGAGACUUCUGUCUUCAUCUACUGAUUCCUUGUUGUCUCUGCUGUCCGUCUACACUAGUGAUCUGACUAGACCUGAUGAAAUAUGAAUCAUAUUUAUUUGCUCUUUUACAUUUUGUACAUUGUUUUGUCUUUUUUUAAAUAUAUGUUUUUGUUGUUGCUGGUUUUGAACAUUUGAAGAUACCUCAGUAGUAGAACUGCAUCAGAAUGACUUUUUAAAUAGUUUCACUGUUUUAUGUUUCUGUUUAACGUGAAGUUCUUCCCAAAUUGAAAGAUUAUUUUGGAAGAUGUUUUCUAUGCUCUGUACAUUUCUUAGAAUAAAUUACUUCACAAAC